AUGUCGACAAGCGAAAGUCCCACCCCAACACCGUCCAAUCUCCGCCAUCGACCCAAAAGCACUAGCCUAUCCUUUUUCGUUUUUAUCAUUAUUUUCAUCCUCAUCUUCUGCAUCUUCUCUCUUGCCUUUUUCCUUUUUCCUUCCCCUGUGUUUCCUCCUCAUCAUUCUAUUGCUUUCUCUGCUUUUCCUUCAUUCUUCGGCUGUCCCACUUCAUGUAUCUUUUUUUUUCAUUACUUUCUAUAUUCUUCAUUCUUCUCAUCCUUUUCCCUAUUGUUUUUUUUUCUUGUUCAUUUGCUUCUUUUACUCUCCCUCUUCUUAUGCUUCCUUUCUUUCUCUUCGCUAUUUCUCCUUCCGUCUCUUGCUUCUCCUCAUCAUUUUCCCUUUCCAUCCUGUUUACAUAUCCUCUUUUCCCUUUCUUCUUCCUCGCUUUUAUUAGUCAUUUAUUAUUUCAUUUUUAUUCCAUUGCUUCUCCUCUUCCCUUUCCUUUUCCGGUUUCUUCACUUCUUUCUUUCUCUCUCCUUUCUCUUACUCUCUUCAUUUCCUUUGCUUCUUCCCCCUCCCAUUAAUUCGUCUAUUUCUUUUCUAUUGCAAUACUUUUCCUCAUACUUUUCAUCCUAUAGUAUUUUCACUUUUCAUCUCUCUCUGACUUCUUUUUUUUCUUUUUUUUUUUCUACUCCUACUUACCCUUCUGGCUUCUUCUCCUCCUCCUUUUCCCUUCUGGCUUCUUCUCCUCCUCCUUUUCUUUCUACUCCUUCUGGCUUCUUCUUCGUCUUCUCCUCCUCCUCCUCCUCCUCCUUUUCCCUUCUGGCUUAUUUUCCUCCUCCUCCUUUUCCCUCUUCUUUUUUCUUCUUUUUCUUCUUCUUCUUCUUCUUCUUCUUCUUCUGUUUUCUCCUUUUUCUCUUCCUGUCUUUCAUCCUACUGCUUCUUUUCAUUUGCUCCUUCACUCUCACUUACACUCUUUCUUUCUCUCUCUCUCUUUCUGUUAUUGCUUGUUUCUCCACGUCCACACACCUUUCAUGCCAUUUUCAUUUUCUUUCCCUUACAUUUACUCUCUUUCCUUGCCUUAUUUAUUACUCUUUCUCAUUCCAUCUAUUUCUUUACUUCUACUUUUUUUUCUCCUUCUUCCCAAUUUCUGACUUUUUAAUUUUUCAUUUCCGUCUUUUUCUCUUUCUCUCUCUCUCUUCUCUCGCUUUCUCUCGCUCCCUUCUGAUUCUCGCCAUUUUUCUUUCUAAUGCAUUCUCUCGUACACACUUUCCUCUAUUUUGUUUCUUUUUCUUCUUUUCUUUUAUCUACUUCUUGAUUCCCUUUCAUUUCUGUCUCUCCUUCCCCCAUCUUUUUUUUUAA